AUGGCUGAUCAGUCACAAGCUCAGAACACAAUCCCUACCUUUAAGCUCGUCCUCGUCGGCGACGGAGGUACUGGCAAAACCACCUUUGUCAAGCGCCACUUGACUGGUGAAUUCGAGAAGAAGUACAUUGCCACUCUCGGUGUCGAAGUACACCCUCUAUCAUUCUCCACCAACUUCGGCACGAUCUGCUUCAAUGUCUGGGACACGGCAGGGCAGGAGCGGUUUGGUGGCCUUCGGGACGGCUACUAUAUUCAGGGCCAGUGCGGUAUCAUCAUGUUCGACGUCACGUCGCGUAUCACGUACAAGAAUGUCCCCAACUGGCACCGUGAUCUCGAGCGUGUCUGCGAGAACAUCCCAAUUGUGCUCUGCGGCAACAAGGUUGACGUGAAGGAGCGAAAAGUGAAGACUGGCCAGGUCACUUUUCACCGAAAGAAGAACAUUCAGUACUUCGAGAUCUCUGCAAAGUCCAACUACAACUUCGAGAAGCCGUUCCUGUGGCUCGCUCGCAAGCUUGUUGGUAACCCUUCACUGGAGUUCGUCGCGGCGCCUGCUCUGGCGCCCGCUGAGGUGCAGGUCGAUGCUGCUCUCAUGGAGCAGUACCAGAAGGAAUUGGCGCAGGCUGAGGCGAUUCCUCUGCCUGAGGAAGACGAGGAUUUGUAA